AUAUAUAUGUUACACAGUUUACACACACAUUAUUAAUUUUAAAAAAAAUCAUAACAAACACUAUUGAAAUUUCCAUAUAACAAAACCAAACCAGUAGACUUUUCAAAAGAAAAAAAAAAGAGCUAGAUCAUAAGCAGCAGCUGCCGUUAAUGGGUCAUUGCUGCAGCAAAGACGCCGUUGUAAAAGACGAAAAUACCCCUGGAUCCACCGUCCAAAAUCACCACCACCACCCACAACCACCUCGCCGGAGUCCAAAACCCAGAACCCCAUCUCCGGCAGUCAACGGUGGUGGGAGGUCAAACACCACAACCCCAAGUCAUUCUUUCACCGGCAGCCCAUGGGGACAGACUUACCCUGCCGGAAUACCUCCGACGCCGUCUCCGGCGAGGACUCCAAGACGGAUGUUCAAAUGGCCUUUCCCACCUCCUUCUCCGGCGAAGCCCAUCAUGUCUGCCCUUUUGAAACGGCAGAAGACGGCAGCUAUACCGGAAAAUGACGGUGGAGCUGGCGGCGGCGGCGGCGGUGGUGGUGAGGUGAAUGGUAACGGUAACAGAGAAUUGGAUAAAAGUUUUGGAUAUAGUAAGAAUUUUGGGUCAAAAUAUGAGCUGGGUAAAGAAGUUGGGAGAGGGCAUUUUGGUCAUACUUGUUGGGCCAAAUGUAAAAAAGGACCUCUAAAAAAUCAUCCUGUUGCUGUUAAAAUCAUUUCUAAAUCCAAGAUGACAACAGCGAUAUCGAUUGAAGAUGUACGUAGGGAGGUGAAGUUAUUGAAGGGUUUAUCUGGACAUCAACAUAUGGUCCAGUUUCAUGAGGCAUUUGAGGAUGAUCAGAGUGUAUAUAUAGUUAUGGAACUGUGCGAAGGGGGAGAAUUGCUUGACCGCAUUUUAGCCAGAGGUGGAAGAUAUACCGAAAAUGAUGCAAAAUCAAUAGUUGUUCAAAUUUUGAGUGUAGCUUCUUUUUGUCAUCUUCAGGGUGUUGUGCACCGUGAUUUAAAGCCGGAGAACUUCCUUUUCAGCACACGAGACGAAGAAUCGCCAAUGAAGGUUAUAGAUUUUGGUUUAUCUGAUUUUGCUAGACCAGACCAACGACUCAAUGAUAUUGUUGGCAGUGCAUACUAUGUAGCGCCAGAAGUACUCCACCGGUCAUACAAUGUGGAGGCUGACAUUUGGAGUAUCGGUGUUAUAACAUAUAUAUUAUUAUGUGGGAGUCGACCCUUCUUUGCUCGGACAGAAUCCGGAAUAUUCCGAUCCGUAUUGAGGGCUGAUCCUAAUCUUAAUGAUUCGCCUUGGCCUUCCGUAACUCCUGAAGCCAAAGAUUUUGUCAAGAGACUUCUCAACAAGGAUCAUAGGAAAAGAAUGACUGCUUCUCAAGCCUUGACUCACCCUUGGUUAAGAGAUGAAGACCGUGCAGUCCCGUUAGACAUUUUGAUAUACAAGUUAGUCAAGUCAUAUCUUCGAUCUUCACCUUUAAAGCGUGCAGCAUUGAAGGCACUCUCGAAAGCUUUGACUGAGGAUGAACUUGUUUACUUGAGAGCUCAGUUUGAUCUCUUGGAACCAAAAGAUGGAUAUGUUUCUCUUGACAAUUUUAGAAUGGCUCUUGUGAAACAUUCCACUGCCGCCAUGAGAGAAUCAAGGGUUCUUGAUAUAUUGGAUACAAUGAAACCCCUUACAUACACUCGGAUGACAUUUGAAGAGUUCUGUGCCGCUGCAAUUAGCCCACAUCAACUUGAGGCGCUUGAAGGAUGGGAGACCAUUGCCACUACGGCAUUUGAAUUUUUUGAACUAGAAGGAAACCGAGUCAUUUCAGUAGAUGCAUUAGCACAGGAAAUGAAUGUGGGGCCAACGGCACACGCAGUACUGAAGGAUUGGAUAAGAAGUACAGAUGGAAAACUCAACUUUCUUGGCUAUGCUAAGCUUUUACAUGGUUUGACAAUUCGUAGCUCGAACACAAGGCAUCAUUAAGAAAACUAAGACUAAAUAGGUGAUUCAUGUUUGUUUAUUCUUAAUUUAUUUCCGAUGCAUAAACAAAAAAAGAUAGGGCAAGCGUCAUCGCCCAUGAGAUGACUGAUAGCAUGUUAUUAACUUUUGUGGUUCUUGUCAAAAUUGAUUUGUUGUGAACUUGUUUUAAAAAUCUGUAAAGGUCAAUUAUUUUUUUCC